UGAGCCGCCCCGCACGCUGCAGCCCGGCGUUUCCAUGCAUUGCCAGCCAGCCGCGGCGAUAGCCAGCACCGCCCGCACGCCGCUCGCCCCCCGCCCCGAAGCGGCGGCGCGGGGACCUUUCUGCCGGCAGGAAGGACCGGUGUAAGUUUAUUUGCGCCUUCCGCUGCUGUUGGCAAGGCAGCGCCUGUGCUCGCCAGCCCCUGCGAACCGAGGGAGCCGAAGCUGCCAGGCCACCACCCGUCCCCGUCCCCGGGGGAGGCCCGUCGGCGUGAGGCCGCCCGCAGCCGCCGCCACCACCGCUUAUGCAACACAUCAUCGAUAACCACCCCGACAUGGCCACCGCGCUGCUGGCAGGCGAGAAGCUGAAGGAGCUCAUCCUGCCCGGGCAGCAGGAUGACAAGGCGGGCGCGCUGGCGGCUCUGCUCCUCCAGCUGAAGCUGGAGCUGCCCUUCGACCGCGUGGUCACCAUCGGCACCGUCCUCAUCCCCAUCCUCCUCGUCACACUCGUCUUCACCAAGAACUUUGCUGAGGAGCCAAUAUACUGUUACACACCACACAACUUCACCCGCGAUCAAGCCUUGUAUGCCAGAGGAUAUUGUUGGACAGAAUUAAAAGAUGCCUUGCCAGGAGUUGAUGCCAGCCACUGGCCCUCCUUGUUUGAGCAUAAGUUCCUACCUUAUGCACUGCUGGCUUUUGCUGGGAUAAUGUACAUUCCGGCUCUGGGCUGGGAAUUUCUGGCCUCCACCCGACUGACUUCAGAGCUUAAUUUUUUGCUCCAGGAGAUCGAUAAUUGCUACCACCGUGCAGCUGAAGGACGGGCACCAAAAAUAGAGAAACAGAUCCAGUCCAAAGGCCCAGGGAUCACAGAGAGAGAGAAAAGAGAAAUCAUUGAGAACGCAGAGAAGGAAAAAAGCCCUGAACAGAACUUGUUUGAGAAAUACCUGGAACGAAGAGGACGCAGUAACUUCUUAGCUAAGCUUUAUCUCGCGAGACAUCUGUUCAUCAUCUUUUUAAGCAUUAUACCAAUUACAUACUUAUCCACCUACUAUGCUACACAGAAGCAAAAUGAAUUUACAUGUGCACUAGGAGAGCCUCCAGACAAAACAAGCAGCUCCAAAUUGCACAUCAGAGUGAACUGUAAGCUGCCAUCUGUCCAGCUCCAGAGGAUUAUUGCGGGUGUAGAUAUCGUUCUCCUCUGCUUUAUGAACUUGAUCAUCCUUAUCAACUUAAUUCACCUCUUCAUAUUUCGUAAGUCCAACUUCAUAUUUGAUAAACUGAACAAAGUUGGAAUAAAGACCAAAAAACAGUGGCAGAAGUCCCAGUUUUGUGACAUCAAUAUUUUGGCCAUGUUUUGUAAUGAAAAUCGGGACCACAUAAAAUCUUUGAACCGUCUGGAUUUUAUUACAAACGAAAGUGAUCUGAUGUAUGACAAUGUGGUACGCCAGCUGCUGGCGGCCUUGGCCCAGUCUAAUCAUGAUGCCACUCCAACCAUGCGUGAUUCAGGGAUCCAAACAAUAGACCCAAGCGUCGAUCCAGCGGACAUUGAUGGUAACGAGCAGCUCAUCAUUAAGAGACCAAGGAAGAAGAUGAAAUGGAUCCCAACUACCAAUCCACUUCCUCAGCCAUUCAAGGAACAGUUAGCCAUUAUGAAGGUUGAAAACCAUAAACCUGAAAAGCCUAAGCCUGUGCGGAGAAAAACGGCGACAGAUAGCCUUAUUGCUCCUUUGCUAGAAUCCACUGCAAAAACCUCACAGCAAGCAUCAGCUCAUAAAACUGAGUCAAACGCCGUUCCAAGCACAGGCAGUGAAAAAAAGCACACACGACACUUUUCCUUGGAUGUACAUCCAUAUAUACUUAGUAGUAAAAAACCCAAGCCAGAGAUUCCAGCUAUCCCCUCGAUGCCUACAUCAAAAAGUCAAGAAGGUGGAUUCGUAAACCAGGAAGAGAAUGUCAUAGUACACGUUACCUCCUCUCUCAAAGACACUCCUCAUCCUGCGAAAGAGAUGCUGUACUCAUCUGAGACAUGCAGAACUGGGCCCGCUGCUGGGGCUUUUGUCACAUGCAACCACAACCACAUAGCCACCACUGCUGCAACAACAACGAUGACUUUGAACCCGGUCAAAGCAGAACCGGGCCCUGCACUGAACUGCAACCCCACGCACCCGCUGCUGCACAUCAACACGCUCUACGAAGAUCACGAGGAGGAAGUCCCAAACAUAAUUGACAACGGGAUUCACUCACCGGCUGACACAGGGGAAAUCCUCUCCAUCCCCACCCCCAAGCAGAUAAGGCUGGCUACGUUUGAUGAGCCAAUGGCAAUCGUGAGCUCGGUGGAGUACUGAAGGCCCCGGCUGCACGCCUGCUCCCUUGGGGCCGGGUCUGAGGCUGCUGCAGUGAGAAACGUGGUCCCCUCCGCAACGUGCUGCACUGCAUGAGCAUGGAGAGUCCUCAUACAGACUGUGAUAACAGCUCUUGGUAAUAAUACCAAAGGGUUUUUCAGGAUCACAUCAUGAGCACUGUCAGUCAUUUACCAAGUAGAAUAAGUAAAGUCUGGUGGAAAUAGACCUUUAAUGCCAAGACAACCAUUAGCUCUAGCUCUGAACGAUAGCUUCCAGAUUCAAUUGGUUUUAGCACAAUUUAUGAACACUAAGAGUCUGAUGGCAUGCCACAGUAAUUUUAGUGAGUGUUUAAAUCCUUUGCAUUCAGAAUCACUGAUUGAAGUUAAAACGACAUGGAGGUGAGGUAUACUUUUUUAAUGGCAGCAGUUCAAUAAGAGUUUUUUUCUAAGCAGAGAGGUGUUUUUUUUUCACAAUUCAGGAUUAUGAAAACGUUAUAUGCAAGCGAAUUUUUGUUUGUUUGUUUCUUUAGCUCACUAAUGUUGGGCUCGAUGGAGACUUAGCUGAAAGGGCCUUACUACCACCAGCAUUUAAGUGCAAAAAGAAUUGAUAUGUUCAAUCUCUUGCAUUUAUAAAUGAAAAUACCUGAGGUAUGCCCCGCCCUUCAACAAGCUUAUAUGUUUGAUGGAAGAUGAUGAAAUGAAGAGUUUAUUUUUUUAAAUAUAUUUUACCAUGGGAAAAAUUACUUUAAUAACUUUUCAAACCAGGUGUUAGUUUUAACAAAAUGUGUAGAAGAGAGUCAUUGUAGCUGCUUAUUUUUUCAUAGUGUAUUUAUGAACCAGGUUAGAAACUUUCAUGGGUGCUUCACUGAUGAAAAAUCUUACAGAGGUUGUUACAAAACAUCUUGCAAAAUAAGAAACCAGCAGAACUGUUUUCAAAUAACACACAGUUAAAGAAAGUCCAUGAAUUUAGGUCUGCAGACUUGGCUAGUCCUUGAUUCAGCAAACACUUAAGGCCAUGGAUGUCACUGAAACUACUCAUAUGUCUAAAGCUAAGCACAUACUGAAGUGGCUUUGCUGGAUCUGGACUCAAGUGCAAGCAGACAAUAAUCCUGCCGUAUGUGCUAUCAUUCUGAUUCAAUAUUUGCCUUCCUUGGCUCAAAGCACAUCUUCAUCCCCAUCUUCCUAUAACUUUGAUAUGUGUGAUUUAAUAGAAAAUUCUAGUAUAACUAAAACAUCUAUUAAAAGUGUAUCAUGCAAUAACCAUUCUCAGCAAAAUUAUAGUGAAACAAAAAGUGACUGUGUUAAAAUAAUAUUACUAGCUGCAUUCAGAAUUACAGAUUAUGUGUGUUUGCAUCAAAAUUAUGUACAAUGGUAGAAGAACUACACAGCACAAAUACAGGAUUGAAAUCUUGAAUUUAUUUUUAAUUUAUUACCUCAGACAUGGAUAUAUGAUACCAGUAUUUAAUGAAAAUAGCACUGAAAAUAAAUACAUAUUAUUCUGAAUA